AUUUCGAUGUGUCCAGCCAUAAAUCCAGAUUUGUCAUUUCCGAGCAUCAAAUCGAAUUAUGGGGUAGCGUUGUUGGACCGAUUGACGAAGAGUGUACUUGGAAUUCCUACUCCUGAAACCGAGUUAAAACCUCAAAAGUUAAAAGAACAUUUUGAGGGUGCGUUGUACGAACUGUUUUUACUCAAGUCAAGGCUGCAAGAAAAAUGUUCCCAGAUGGAGGUAAAAUGUCGAGAGGAUGAGCGGUCAUUUCAUUCUGCUAUCGAAAGGUUAAAAAAGGAUUUAACUGAUCUUAGUCAGCAAUUCUGCAAGUUAGAUACCGAAGUUCAUAUGGUAUCUGGAAAGUUGGUCCAUUUAGGCGACCAGUUAGAAAGGAAAAACUUGCCAAGAAAACGAAUUGAAGAGGCACGUGAUUUGAUACUUGAAUUUUAUAAAUUCUGGGGUUUUGGCGGAGGAAGUGUCACCAAUGUAGUAAGCGCUCAAUCGGACGAAGCUCAGCUACUUGAGGCCGCCACUCGGUUCAAAAAUCUGAGUUCGUUGUGCUUGGAGUUACCGGAUGAUGAACGUUUCUUAAAUGCAAAACAAAGAGUAACAGUCGCCUGUCAACACUUGGAUACAGCUUUACUUGAACGAUUUAGAGCAAAUUUCCUUACGGGAAAUAUUGAGACAAUGAAGAGCAUAGCGGAUGUACUUCUUCUUUCCAAAAACUACUCUCAAUGUGCUGAGAUCUUGGUUGAAGAAACAGUAAAGACAAUAGAUCCCAACAAGAUUCAUUUUAAAGAUAUUACAAGGUGCUUGGUUUCGAGUGAAAAGCUAAUUAUGACCUUAUUUUUACGACCAGAUUCAGUUCUGAUGCAACUAAUGCAUAGUCUUUUCACAACAAAAUUAAAAGUAUACCUGAGUAAUCAUAUGAAGGAAGAAUUGAAUGCACAGGCAUUUUUAACUAAUUUGUACAAUGAAUAUCGAAACGUUGAGAAAUUGGUUGUUGAGUUAUCUAAUGAGUUAACCUUAAUUACGGAUCCAAUGCAACUGUCCAAAUUAUUUCGGGAAUUAUUUGCUCCAUAUUUAGUCGAUUAUAUGAAACGAGAAUCUGACUGGUUAACUGAACGCUUAACAGGUCAUCUUGAACAUUAUUAUCAAAGUCAAAGGCAUCAAAAACGUGCGCUAAAUGUUUCUGGCUGGCUGAAUUUCGACGAGACCUCCAAGCAAAAAGAAGUCGCUGUUAAUAUUAUUGAGGAUAUUCGGCGUGCUGCCAAACGAUGCUUGCUGUUAUCCCAACCUACUGCUAUUCCAGACAAUGGCAAAUUCAUAUUUAAUUGUUUGUAUCACUAUCUAAUUGUUGAACACGUGGAUUAUGGUGUUACUUUAGGUUUGCACGGUUUGAAUAUAGCCGAUCCUCGAAAUAACAAUCCAAACCUAGUCUUCUUCUCCAUAAUUCACGAAGCCACAUCCAUUUUUCACUUUUUUGAGAAAACAAUUGAUGAGUCCAUUUUACCAAUGAUUAUUUGUUGACGUGGAAAUAUACUCACGUUUUAGUCAUGCUCGUCACGUGUUCCUGAUCCGACUUGUGUUGAAAUCCUGUAGAACAGGCACUGGAAAGGUAUCUACUGAAGACAUUCGUCUAAGGGAAAUUAUUGCUCCAUUGGCGUAAGGGAGAAAACCGAGCAUUAUUUCAAUGUUUCUCGAUUAAAGGAAUGCUUCCCUUGCUUUGCCAAUCCGUACUUUCACUUCUACAUCAGAUUCCCCCUGUUUAUCAGUAAUGCUGUCCAAGAUCUGCGAAGUCAAAAUCGUCUAGUUGCAUGCAGGCUGUACAUUAUAUUCCGAGAUCUUCAUAAUCCAGUCAACCAUCAAAAGAAAGUGAAGGGCGAGAGUAAGCGGCCCUGUCUGACUCCGAUCCGCACUUGGAAUGCAUCUGUCAGCUGUCCUCCAUGUAUGACUUUGCAAUGUAAUCCGUCGUAUGAAUGAAUCCCGCAUGAUGUUGACAAUUUUUUCAGCUCCUCACUCUACAGUGUCGGAGAUGGUUCCAUAAGGUUCUCCUAUUCACAGUGUCAAAUGCUUUAUCAUAGUCAAGUAAGUUGAUGUAUAGUGACAAGUUCCGUUUAAUUUAUUGUUCACAAUGAUUCGUAGUGUCGCGAUUUGGUGUGUACACAACCGGUCCCUACGGAAUCCAGUCUGUCGAUUUCGAAGCUGAUCGUUUACUAAAUCUCUCAUCCGGUUCAACAACACUGUUUAAAACCGUUCCUAAUACUAACAGUAGUGUGAUGCCUCUGUAGUUUUCACAUUUGUUCAGAUUUCCUUUCUUUGAUAUCUUGAUGAGAUCUCCUUCCUUUCAGUCCAUCGGUACUUGUUCUUCAUCCCAGAUCUUCCUGAAUAGAACACGAAGCAUGUUUGCAGUUGUUUCUAUGUAUGACUUGAGUGAGUCGGCUGGUAUGUUGUAUGGUUAAACGUCUGCUUUCCAACUGAUUUGUCUGAUGGCCAUCCUGAUUACUUCGGUCGUUGCUGGAGUAACAUCCAUAGGGUAGUCUGUGUAUGUUGCUUCGAUGUCCGUCGGGUUGUGUGAGUUUGGUCUAUUCUUGAGUUCCUCAGUGUCCCACACAUCUGUUCUCGAAUCUCAGUGAUUGACCUACCUUCUUUGUCCUUGAUCGGUACCUCUGGUUUACUAUAUUUCCCUGUUGGUUUGUUCGUCGUGUCAUAUAGUUGUUUCAUAUUUCCUUCUC